AAACUAAGCAAUCUAUUGAAGGAGCAAACUACAAAUGGCAACGCUGUUUUGGAAACUAAAAACCUCAUCUAUCGAUUUAAUUCCAACGUUUUGGGCGAGUUUCUCUGGGGCAUCGAAACAAACACACUCGAAAGUCUAGACAAACAAAAUACUUAUUUGGAAAUUUUGAAGAAAGUGCCAGAUCAAAUUUUCCUAGCUUUAAUAAGCCACAUCAAAUGCAUACCAUUCCCUUGGCUUCGACGCUUCACAAACUACCGCAUAUUUACUAACGAAACGGUAUCCUUUUUCUCACAACUCACUAAGGAUGCUUACAGAAUGCGCGAAAAGGACGCGACUAAUCAAAAUAGAGUAGAUUAUCUGAAUUAUCUGCGUCAGCUGCAGGAAAAGAAAAAUCUAUCGCACGAAGAAGUGGUUGGAUACAUGGCAACUGUACUUGUAGAUGGGUACGAUACAUCGGCAACGAUUGCCUACCAUACACUUUUCUAUUUGACCCACCACCCAGAUUGGCAGGAAAAGGUGCGCAACGAAAUUCUAAGCAAUCUCGAUGCUGAUGGUACUGUCAGUUACCAAACUUUGAUCAGUCUGCCUUAUUUGGAUCAGUGUGUGCAAGAAACACUGCGAAUAAUUAGUCCGCUUACACUUACUUCGCGAAUUUGUACAGAACCCACCGAAUUUGAGCUUAACGAUGGACGACGUAUCCCCAUUAAAGUGGGCCAGGAAGUCGCCAUUCCAUUUUUCAGUUAUGUUCACGAUCCCGAUUACUUUCCCGACCCAUGGGAGUUUAAACUGGAGCGUUUCAAUAACAUUGAUCUAGCCGAAUUGGCGAAGAGGGGCAUUUUUGUUCCCUUCGGUGACGGUCCACGCAUUUGUUUGGGACGACAUAUGGCAAUGUUGCAAGUAAAAACUCCGAUUGCCGAAAUACUUAAGACUUAUCGGCUGAAAGUAUGUGAGAAGACUGCGUCUGAAAGAAAACCUGACUCGCCAACUAUUGUUGUAGGAUUGGAUGGUGAUUUGAUAAUUGAAUAUGAGAGACUCUAGUCAGCAAAAAUAUUUAUAUACUCUUCAAAAAUAUUUUACAUUCGGCCCUAUUAUGCGAUGUCGAUGUCGACGUCGAUGUAAUUUUUUAAUAAAAAAAAAUAACCGUCGUAGGUCCAACUCCGGUUUCGCUGACCACAGUAGUUUUGCGAGGAAUACCUUUCCGCAAGCCUAUUUUUUGACGAAAAAAUAUAAUCGACGUUGACGUUGAGAACCAUAAAGGGUCAAUUAUUUUGUUAGAGAAAAAUUUAGCAAUGCACUCUAGGACUUCGGGAGUUUAAAUUAAAAAUAAAUUCCGGGCGAUCUAUAUA